AUGAGCGCGUAUUCGGUGAGCCUUCAAAAGCUCUUCGUCGCGUUAAUUCUCAUUUAUGCGAUAAGAGGUAACAAACCUCGCUUUCGAUUGCGACGAGAAAUAGGUGGGUCCCAAAGUUUAUUAACCGUUGAAUGGGAGGGUAUUCAGACCGGUGAUCAUCCUGAUGAUAGUGUUGGAGGAUUCGCGGUUGAGUAUCGUGCAGAAAAGGACACACAAUGGCAUGUUCACGAUGGUAUCAUUCCUUAUAAAGGGCCUAAUUUGCAGUAUAGAGUACAGAUUCCACGUCUUCCAACUGGAAUCGCUUAUUUUGUACGUAUCAAAGUAUUAGGUAAAAAUGGUAAAAUUCUGGUGGAAACGCCAGAAAUACGCGCACGUAACGAAAUGGUUAGCAUUAAAUGUGAAUCAGAUGAAUUGACAGCUCCACGAAAUCUUGAAGUGACACAAACAGGUCAAUACAGUAUUGCCAUAUCAUGGGAACCUCCGGAAUGUGGUUUUGUUGGCGAGUACCACGUUGAGCUAGCUGGUAUUGAAACACAGUUUGACGUUCAUCGACAAACAGUAACACAUCCAUCAGUUAGUGUUACCAGUCUUUUACCUGGGACCGAAUAUCAAGUUCGAGUUCGAGCUGCAGAUCGUUUACGCAUGUUAGGUCCAUGGAGUGAUUAUUUGCUUAUAGCAAAAACUGAAGGAGAAGCUCCAAAUGAAUCCGAUGAAAUAGAAAUUGAUUAUCGGACAGAUUCAGAAUUACGCAUUAGUUGGCAACCAUAUGAUGACGAAAGGCUACAAUAUUACGAGGUAACAGCCGUUGAAGUGGAUGGUGAAAGUCAAGCAGUUGAACGGACACGUGUAGGUCCCUUGGCUAAUAGCCAUAUUUUUGUCCGAUUAAAAUCGGAUACGCAAUAUGAUGUUGGUGUAGUAGCUUUUGUCGAUCAUGAACCCAAACUUGUUUAUAAAUUAUCGGCUAAAACAUCAGAAAAUGCGGGUAUAGCCUGGACAGAGAAGCCAAUGAUUAAGCAAGAAAAUGCGCAACAAUUUACGGUACAAUGGCGGAAGCCUUCGUUAACUGAUCAAAAAACUAUUUCCAAAUUUGUCAUUGAAUAUCGUCUACCAAAUGAAACUGAAUGGCGAAAAUAUGAUGAUUUGAUGGUAGACGAAGAAACAGAUGAUUAUAAUAUCCAAUUUGAUAGAAUGUACGAUGGCUCAUUGUAUUCAUUCCGUAUUUUAGCAGUGGAUGAUCAAUUUAAAAUGGUUGCUAAAACAGCUGAGAUUACUGUUGGUUCAGCAGCAUCUAAUUCCUGCAUUGGUGAUGCUGGUAUUCCACAAAAUGUACGAGCUAAUAUUGUAUCUGAAUCAACUGUCCAGUUUACGUGGGAAAAGCCACGCUGUGAUGAAACAUAUGGGCCAAUUGAUGGUUAUGAAUACACGUUCUGGGACGUAGAAACUGAUGUACAACCUGAAACGGCAUCAUACGUUGGACGGAAUACCGUAACACUGGAUGACUUAGAUUCAGGUACGCGAUAUGCAUUUCGAGUUCGCUCACGUGCUGGACAUGGACACAGUUCAUGGAGUGAUAUUGUAAAUGCUGAAACAGAAGUACAUUCAGGAUCAAAAGGUUAG